CUCAAUUGAUAAGUUGCUUCUGAAUUUGCAUUUUUUGUUUGUGACGUCUAACUAAAUAAAUAUUGUUAUGCCUCAUUAUUUUUAUGCUUUUUUUAAAAAAAUUUCCAUUAUUCGCUAUGUUUAAAAGGCAGAGAGUGAAACAAAAAAUAGUUUUGAAGCUGAUAAAUUUUGCCGUAAUUUCUGAAUUUUUAAACCUGUGGAAAUGGAUGACAGCUAUGACAUUCAGAUGGAAGCUAAGUCAUUCUUGCCUUACCGAAUGGGAUAUCUGACGGAAUGGAUGAUUGAAAAAGCAAAAGAGGAACUGAAUGAGACAGAUGAAAAUCGUAUUCAGGCUAUCGCAGAAUUAAAACGAUUGAUUGCAAAGAAAAAAACAAUAGAUGUUCCGAAUGAUGACUUAUACUUGUUGCAAUUCUUACGAGCAAGAAAAUUUCAUCCAGUGAGAGCAAUGGAGGUGAUAAAGAAUUUAUAUGCUUUAUUUGAGGAAUUUUCCGAUAUAUAUCCUAAAAAUCUGGACCUUGAACAAGUAAAACAUCUCAUGGAUACUGGUUCUGGCAGUGUUCUUCCUUAUAGACUUAAGGACGGAGGUGCCAUUUUCUUUUUGAAACCUGCCAAUUGGGAUCCUGAUAAAAUUUCAUCCAAAAUAGGAAUCUCCGCAAUAACAGGUAUGUUGCUAUCUAUAGCAGUAGAUCCAGCAACUCAGGUAUGCGGAGUUCAUUUUAUUUAUGAUGCAACGCUUAAUUGGAAGCAUUUCAAAGUUACCACCCGAAGAUAUUUAGAAUUAUAUUCAAAAAUUUUAAGAAAUACGUUACCUAUUAGAAUCAAUGCUGUUCACGUAGUCAACGAAUCAACCAUAUUUAGAUAUCUUUUCAACAUUUUGAGGAUGUUUCUUUCUAAUAAAAUCACAAAAAGGUUCCACUUCCAUGGCAGUGAUAUGGAGCAUCUGCAUAAGUACAUACCAAAGGAGUGUUUGCCUCCUGAUUACGGUGGUGAUAAUAUCAGCUAUUCUGCAAGUGAUUUUUGUAAAAAGGAAAUGCUACCAUUUCUGGAAAGAUACAGCGAAAUGUUUUACAAAAGUUAAUAUUGUUAUCAGAAUUUCUUUAAAUUAUUAAAAAUUAUGCAAUUUUUUAUAUUAUAAGUAUUUUUAAGAUUACUUUUGUUAUAGAUAUAUGACCGAAUUAGAUAAUAAAAUGAUAUUUUAGCAUUGUC